UAAACGUUAAUAAACCCUCUUGAGCUUUUCUCUCUCACCACUGAAAACCACAACUUUGUCACACUUUGUGUCUCCAACUCCCUAUACUUUCUCGCUUCACCCUCCCCGGUAACGUUUUCGCUUCAGCCCACAACGAGCCAUGGAAGCACAAGAGUUUUUCCAGAACACCUUCUGUCCCCAAUUCCCCUCAGACAGCAACAUCACUCCCUCCAACGCCAACCCCUCCGCCGCCACCACCGACCACUUCCUCGUAGAAGACUUCUUCGACUUCUCCAACGACGACGACGCCACCUUCGACUCCCUCCCCACCGACGUCGACUCCCCCACCGUUACCCCUGUCGACACCACCACCAACUCCAAUUUCCCCGCCUCCGCAGACGCCCAUUUCCCCGGUGACCUCUCCGUCCCGUAUGAUGAUCUUGCGGAAUUGGAAUGGCUGUCGAAAUUUGCGGACGAAUCGUUUUCGAGCGAGGAUUUGCAGAAGCUGCAGCUGAUAACGGGUGUGAGAGCGCAAAACGAUGCUGCAUCGUCUGAAACGCGUGACCCAAACCCGGUUAUGUUCAACCCGCAAGUGUCGGUUCGGGGCAAGGCUCGGAGCAAGCGGACACGUGGACCCCCAUGCAACUGGACCUCUCGCCUCGUUGUGCUCUCCCCGAACACGAAGUCGUCGUCGUCUUCUCACUCCGGCGCGGAAGGCGGCAGCGAGGGGCGGAAGUGCCUGCAUUGCGCAACGGACAAGACCCCACAGUGGCGGACUGGGCCCAUGGGCCCAAAAACGCUCUGCAACGCGUGCGGCGUGAGGUACAAGUCUGGGCGGCUGGUGCCAGAGUACAGGCCCGCCGCGAGCCCAACGUUUGUUCUGACGAAGCACUCGAAUUCGCACCGCAAGGUGCUGGAGCUGCGGCGGCAGAAGGAAAUGGUGAAGGUCCAGCACCAGCAGCAUCAGUUUCUCCAAUUGCAGCAUCAGCAGAACAUGAUGUUCGAUGUCCCAUCAUCCAACGGUGAGGAUUUCCUCAUCCAUCAGCACGUGGGCCCAAAUUUCACGCACCUCAUCUAGAGUAGGAAACUUCCGCUACUUAAUUUGUAGUUAGCUCAGUUAUUUCUUCUCUUCUCUUUUCUUUUCUUGCCUAAUUUUGUUAGGAAUUUGUUUAAUUUCUUUUUCAGUUUAUGCUAUAUGUAGACUGGUCUCAUGUUUCUUUCUUCAAGUCAUUUUGACCGACUUGAAAACUCACAAACUCUAAAUUUUCCUAAUGCAUUAUUCUUUUCUUUUCACUUACUAGUAAA